AUGUCUUCUUUCUUUCCCUCUUUUUGGUUUCUCAUUAUGUCGCUUGUUUACAUCAAUACAACUUCUUACGUUCUUUCUUUUAUUUAUAUCGUAUUCUUUCUUUCUCCUAUAUUUCCCCUUCUUUUACCUUUCUAUGUAAAUUAUAAAGUAUUCUUUCUUCAUUUCUUCAUUCCUUCUUCUUUUUCGUUUCUUUGUAUUUUAUAUCAUUAUUCUUUAUGUUUUUCUAUUUUCUUUCUUCAUUUCUCUUUCUUUUCCCUUUCUUUGUAUGUUAUAUUGUAUUCUUUCUUUCUUUCUUCAUUUUCCUUUCUGAUCUCUUUCUUUUUAACUUAUAACGUAUUCUUUCUUUCUUUCUUUCUUUUCCAUUUUUUUAUGUGGCAUUCAUUAUUUCUUUCUUUCAUUCUUUCUUCAUUUCCCUUUCUUUUCUCUUUCUUUUUAAGUUAUAACGUAUUAUUUCUUUCUUUCUCUCUCUUCAUUUCCCUUUCAUUUCUCUUUCUUUUUAAAUUAGAUUGUAUUCUUUCUUUCUUCUUUUAUUUCUCCUUCUUUUCCAUUUCUUUGUUAUAUCGUAGUCUCUCUUUCUUUCUUUCCCCUCCUUUUCCCUUUCUUUUUCCCCUUCUUUGUAAAUUAUAUCGCAUUAUUUCUUCCUUUUUUCAUUUGACCUUUUUAUCCCAUUUUAUAUCUCAUAUGUCAGGCGUUCUUUUUUCUUUCUUUUUUCUUUCAUUUUUUUCAUUUCCCAUUUUUUUCACUUCCUUUGUAAGUUAUAUCAUAUUCUUUCUUUCUUCUACAUUUCUUUUUUCUUUCUAUGUAAGUUAUAUCCUGUUCUUUGUCUUUCUUUAUAAGUUAUUCUUUCUCUCUUUCUCCACUUCUUAUCCCUUUCUAUUGAAUUUACAACGUAUUUUUCUUUACUUUCUUUCUUCCAUCAUAUUUCAAUCUUUUCCCUUCCUUUCUAAGUUAAAUCGUCCUCUUGCUAUUCUUCCUUUCUUUAUUUAUUUAAUUUUCCCUUCUUUUCCAUUUCUUUGUAAAUUAUAUUUUACUUUUUCUUGCUUUCUUCAUUUCCCAUUUAUUUCCCUUUCUUUGUACGUCAUAUAUUAUUCUUUCUCUUUUCUUUAUUGUUAUUCUUUGUCUUUCUCUUUCUUCAUUUCCCUUAUUUUCCUCUUUCUUUAUUUUAUCGUAUUCUUUCUUUCUUCAUUAUCCUUUUUUUUCUUUUAUAUAGUUUCGAUAGUUAUAUUGUAUGCUAUACGUCUUUCUGCAUAUUCCCCAUGUUUCCAUUUCUUUGUACGUUUUAUCGUAUUUUUCUUUCUUUUUAUGUUUUAUCGUAUUCUUUCUUUAUUUCUUUCUUUCACUUUCUUUUCCAUUUCUUUGUACGUUUUAUCGUAUUUUUCUUUCUUUUUAUGUUUUAUCGUAUUCUUUCUUUCUUUCUUUCUUUCACUUUCUUUUCCCUUUUUUUGUUACGUUUUAUCAUAUUUUCUUUUUUUUUUUAUGUUUUAUCGUAUUCUUUCUUUAUUUCUUUCUUUCUUUCUUUCUUUCUUUCUUUCACUUUCUUUUCCCUUUCUUUUACGUUUUAUCGUAUUUUUCUUUCUUUUUAUGUUUUAUCGUAUUCUUUCUUUCUUUCUUUCUUUCACUUUCUUUUCCCUUUCUUUGUACGUUUUAUUGUAUUUUUCUUUCUUUUUAUGUUUUAUCGUAUUCUUUCUUUCUUUCUUUCACUUUCUUUUCCCUUUCUUUGUACGUUUUAUCGUAUUCUUUCUUUCUUUCUUUCUUUCACUUUCUUUUCCCUUUCUUUGUACGUUUUAUCGUAUUUUUCUUUCUUUUUAUGUUUUAUCGUAUUCUUUCUUUCUUUCACUUUCUUUUCCCUUUCUUUGUACGUUUUAUCGUAUUCUUUCUUUAUUUCCACCUUUUCCCCUUUCUUUGUCAGUUAUAUUGUAUUCUUUACAUCUUUCUUUCUUUCUUUAUUUCCACCUUUUCCCCUUUCUUUGUAAGUUAUAUGGUAAUCUUUCUCUUUCUUCCUUUCACAUUCUUUUCAGUUUCUUUUGUAUUUUUUGUUUUUCUUUUUUUCUUUCUUCAUUACUCCUUCUUUUCCCUUUCUUUUUCCUUUCCUUACUAAUUUAUAUCGUAUUCGUGUAUUCUUUCUUUAUUUCUUUCUUAAUUUCUUCGUCUUUUCCCUUUCUUUGUAUGUUAUAUCGUAUUCUUUCUUUCUUCACUUCUCUUUCUUUUCACUUUCUUUUUUCGUCCAUCUUAUGGUUUUUAUUUUCCCUCCUUUUCCCUUUCUUUGUUUAUUUUAUCGUAUUCUUUCUUUCUUUCUUUCUUUUAUUCUUUCUUUCUUUCUUUCUUUCUUUCUUUCUUUCUUUCUUUCUUUUCACUUUCUCCAUAAGUUAUAUAGUAUUCUUUAGGUCUUUCUUUCUUUUUUCCUUCUUUUAUUUCUUUCUUCAUUUCCUUUUCUUUUCCCUUUCUUUCUAUGUUAUAUCUUAUUCUUUCUUUCAUUAUUUCCCCUUCUUUUCCUUUUUUAUUUCUAUAUUGUAUAUUUUCUUUCUUCCUUUUCUCAUUUACUUUUCAUUUUCCUUUUUAUAUCAUAUUCGUUCAUUCUUUAUUUAUUCAUUUCCCCUUCGUUUCUCUCUCUUUGUAAAUUAUCUCGUAUUCUUUCUUUCUUUCGAUCUUUCUUCCUUUCCAAUUCUUUCCCUUAUCUUUGUAAGUUAUAUCAUAUUCUUUCUUUCUUUCUUUCUUUCUUUCUUUCUUUCUUUCUUUCUUUCGUUCCAAUUAUUUACCCUUAUCUUUGUAAGUUAUAUCAUAUUCUUUCUUUCUUUCUUUCUUUCUUUCGUUCCAAUUAUUUACCCUUAUCUUUGUAAGUUAUAUCAUAUUCUUUCUUUCUUUCUUUCUUUCGUUCCAAUUAUUUACCCUUUCUUUGUAAGUUAUAUUGUAUUCUUUAUAUCUUUCUUUCUUUUCUCAUUUUCCUUCUUUUCCAAUUUUUUACUUUAUAAGACAUAUCGUUUUCUUUAUUUAUAUCUUCAUUUUCUUUUCUUUUCCUUUUUUGCGUAUUCUUUCUUUCGACAUUUCCCCUUUUCUUUCCUUUCUUUGUUAGUUAUAUUAUAUUAUCUCCUUCUUUUCUCUUUCUUUGCAAGAUAUAUCUUUUUCUUUCUUUCCUUCUUUCUUUCUUCAUUUUCCCAUCUUUUCCUUUCCUUACUAAUUUAUAUCGUAUUCGUUCAUUCUUUCUGUUUCAUUUCCCCUUCUUUUCUUCUUUUUAAAUUUCCCAUAUUCUUUCUUUCUUCAUUUCUCCGUCUUUUCCAUUUUUUGGACUUUUUCUUAUUCUUUCUUUCUUUCUUUCUUUCUUUCUUUCUUUCUUUCUUUCUGCAUUUCCCUUUCAUUUUCUCUUUCUUUUUAAGUUGUAUUAUUUCUUUCUUCAUUUAUGCUUCCUUUCCCUUUCUUUGUAAGUUACAUUGUAUUCUUUAUAUCUUUCUUUCUUUCUUCAUUUCUCCUUUUUUUUGUAAGUUAUAUCGUAUUGUUUCUUUCUUCAUUUCUCGUAUUUUCUUUUUCUUUUAUGCUAUAUUUUAUAUUACAUUCUUUCUUUCUUUCUUUGUAAGUUUUAUCGUAUUCUUUGCUUCUUUCUUUCUUUUGUGUUUCUUUGUAAGUUUUAUCGUAUUCUUUUGCUUCUUUCUUUCUUUCUUUCUUUCUUUCUUUCUUUCUUACAUUCUUAGCUAUCUAUUCAUACUUUUACUCCUUUUCUGUGUUUCUACUCUUUAUUUUUAUCCUAUCUUCUUUUUCAAUUUUCUUUUUUUCGUUUUUCUUUAUUUCUUUCUCUAUUUUCUUUUCUCUUUGCCCUUUCUCUCUUUCUUUCUUUAUUCUUUUUUUCUUUCUUUCUUUCUUUCUUUCAAUAUAUCUCUCCCUUUUCUCUAA